CCAAGAUGGGCGCCAAGGUCUCACGUUUUAGUCGGUUUUUAAGAAAACCUAUUGAAACACAGGGCCGAAUUGAUAAAAUAUUGGAAUCUAAGCCAAUUAGUGCACCUAAGCAUCCAUCUUCUAGAGAAGCUAUCGAAAAAAUAACAUCAGAAACUCACGAGGACUUCAAAAUUAGGGACAGUAAAGAUGAAAAGUUUUUGAAUGCGUUGAAAGACUUCAAAGUAGAUUCUACAGAUGUCAAAAUGGAUAAAACUACAUCUUCACGGCCACUUCCUCAAGAAAGAAGUUCCCAAAGUUCACUCCUAACAACAGAAAUAGCAAAGGGAAAAAUUUCAUCUCAAAAUCUAAAUGAWCUCUUUGAAAAACAUUUGAAUGACCCCAGUGAAUGGACUGAACAAAAACUGUCAAAUCACUACAAACUAAAUGAACAAGAUGUGGAAAAUUUAUUAAAAUAUUUCAGUGGAUAUGCUGUGGUACAAAGGAAGGAAUUACCAAAACCUUUGGAAGAAGUUGGUUUCAUUGAUUGAAUUGUGGAAGUUUUUCUUGGGUUUCCUGUGUUAUUGGGCGUACACAGGAGUCCCAAUGAAUACACAGUCAACACAUGAUUAUGAAGAGUUUCACGACUUUCACUGAUGACGAGCUUAUCUCAAUAAAAAAUGGUUGAACACCAACAGAGUAAAUAAAACGAUUCUACAGGUACAACAAAAAGAUUCAUUUGUUAUCUACGAUUUUAUCCUCGCAUUUCGUUUAGCCCUUAUAGCUCUGUGGAACUGAGGGACUAUAGCCUUCGCAGGUCUUUCAAUAAAAAAGCUCAAUUACGUUGAUAUAUUAUAUUGUUUUUUUUCGCAGUAAUUUUAGACUUCAUGUGACGCUCGAACAAAGUAUGACGGUAUAAUGUAGUCCCCUUGGAGUCGAAUCACCAGUGAGUUUUCGCGUGUUUUCUUUCAAAAAUUCAAGUUGUUUUGGGUUCUCGUGUGACCCAAGUUGAAGGAAUACGGGAUACAAUUUAUUAUUAUUUUUAGAAAACAACAACAACAACAAAAAGAAAACAAGUUCGAGGAUUCACCUCCCAUCAUGCUUUGCUCGAGAUAACKGCGUCGUUACRUUGCCUAUUGAUAUUUUCCUUAAAUAUUGUGUUUUAACACAGCGCAAAUAUCAAUUUAAUACCACCWAGUGCUUGGAUUACAUUCAUUAAUGUAUUUUAAGGUUUACAAGUCUUAUCAUCAGCACACACCGGUGACCUUACGAGCGAAUUUCCUUCAGACCGCGCACUAGACAUACCUUUUGUUAUAUCGGAUAGUAAUGUCGUUAUAUUUACACACGGGGAACUAUUUAUAGAGUUCUUUACGCCCACAUAGCUCGUAAUCCAUGAUAUUCGUUUAUCACGGUGUAUCUCGUCAGGAGCUAUUCACUGCUUGCAAUAAAAUGAACAGAGAUUUAACCAUGAUGUGAAUGCGGUCGUUUGCGAAUAUCUGGUCGUUGUGUAGAGGCAGUCGUGCAGUAUGAAUAUGUGUUGGGGCUGGUCAUUGUGCACAAGGUGGUCGUAUAAAGAUGUAUUCAUUCUGAGUAGAUGGUGGUUUAACAAAAACGUGUAAAGAUUAUCUGUACAUCAUUCAUAUUGUGCGGCUUGACCAUUCUGCAAGGGAUGGCCGUUCUUUAAGUAAUGUUUUUGUCGCAAAACUGAAAUAAUACCUUCCAACUACGCUCA